CCUCCAUUCUCUUGUCAGACGACAUGUAGGUCGUUUGUCGAUCGUGCGCUGCGUGGGGAGGAAUUCGUGAUCACAUACCCAGGAUAACGGCAUUAGCCUCGAGAAAGCCAGACGGAGAUCCCAGUAGAUGGCUUUCUAUGCCUUCUUGCUUUGUCCUAUUGGCCUAUACUUCAAGCGGAGACUGCUCCGUUACCAUGGUACUCCCUGAAGCCUCGUGAUACUUCCAAGGAUCUAGGCGUCCUAUCUGGCCACUGAAUUGAGCCUGACGAGCUAGUAUAAGUUCGCCUUGUCCUGGUUCGCCGGAGGGAGGACGAUCGAUCUCGAAACGGCAUCUCCCAGACAUACUUGGGCGCCUUCUGGACGCCUUAACCUUAUCCACCUCGUCCAACAUGGCCAUUUCCGCCCCGUCGCCAACCCGGCUUCUCCUGUCACUGUGUCUAUUUGCCGCCUUCAUUAACGCCACAGACGACACACUGUACCCAGAUCUUGUUCGAUCGCUAAGAACAAGUCCAACAGAACUUGAUAAGCUGAAUAUUCUACCCGAAGAUAGAGACUGGACAUUCAACUACUUCGCCCACGAAUUCCACACCAACAGCCCUGGGGGCGUCGUCAACGCCAAUGCCGCGACUUUCCCAGCAACUGUUGGCAAUGGUAUGACCAUGGCUUGGAUCAGUCUUGGUCCCUGCGCUAUGCUGCCGCCGCAUUACCACCCUCGUGCUUCCAACUAUGUGGUUUCCGUCGAGGGCAAUACCGAGACCUACAUGACGCUGGAGAACGGGGCUCGGGUGGUGAAGACAACUUUGGCGCCCGGAAUGAUGACAAUCUUUCCCCAAGGCAGUCUGCACACGAUGCAAAACACAGGGUGCGAUAAUGCUACUCUGAUCUCGGCUCUGAGCUCAGAAGACGCCGGCACCCAUAAUGUCGCCAAUGGACUCUUCGAUCUUCCUCCAAGUGUAGUGGCAGCAUCGUUGGGAGGAAACCCGCUGUCAGCAAAGUUUGCACAGCUACGACGAGAUAUCCCGGCUGUCGGGACUGGUGCUGCGGUUGGCACCGCAGAAUGUCUGAAACGGUGCGAAGCUAUUGGCUCGAAGUAGGUUGUCUAUAGUAUGCCCACAGCCGUACCGACAUAGACAAAAGGGUUGGUCGAUACUAAUGGCUGCAAAGACUUCCCAUAUUGCCGGGGACGAGAAAACUCGUUCGGCCAAAACGUAUCGACAAAAGCUCGAAACAUAAAUACCCGUGGCAGAUGGCAUCGUGGAACGGUCUGUCUGAUAUGUUCAAGAAACAUUCGACUGUGUAGAAGCCGGGAUGGAGGCUGCUCUUGAUUUCCAUAGACCUGCGAUGUACGCCUACAGGGCAUACAGGGAUGUGAUCAUUCUAGGGGCUGUUUGAUAGACCAACCGCUCUGGUUGGUGCUUGGAAUAGUGACGGUUCAGACACAAGUGUUCCCAGAGCCGAAUUUGCGAGCAACCCAUGCGCCGCCGUACUCGUCGUACUCUUGCUUAGUGGCAGACAGCAUGUGAAUAUCGGAGUGUUUGGCAAGUUUGGCACCGCCAUGCCAGGUGCUCGUGAUAGGGUCGACGGGAUGCGCAACCCUCACAAUACAGGCAUCAGGAACUCUCUUGACAAGCUCCUUCUCCAGCCGCUGGAUAAAGCCAGCAAACAAGGCGUUGCCG